CGUUCGGCGAGAGAAGUCAGUCAGGCACAGACUGCGCAACGAGCCACACCGCAUCUCGUCCUCGUCCUCGCCUUUGCUUUUAACACCAACAUAAAUCCAUAAAGAGAUUUCGAAAAACUGUUGCAAAUCGGUUAAUUAAUGACUUCGCUAGAGUGUCGCCACGAAACUAUCUUAUUUUAAAGUGAUACCAAGUGACACUACCAAAAAAUAGUUAAUAAGAGAACGCAUAGAUUGUGUCGCCGCCGGUUUUCAGCCGGGACAACCUUGUGGACCUUGGAGCUCCAGAAACUAUGACCGUAACCGCCUUUGCUGCCGCCAUGCACAGACCCUUCUUCAAUGGAUAUUCUACCAUGCAAGACAUAAACAGCGGCCAGGGUCGUGUAAAUCAACUUGGUGGAGUCUUCAUCAACGGCCGUCCUUUGCCCAACAACAUCCGCCUGAAGAUCGUCGAGAUGGCCGCCGAUGGCAUCCGACCAUGCGUAAUUUCCCGCCAGCUGCGCGUCUCCCACGGCUGCGUCUCCAAGAUCCUGAAUCGCUACCAGGAAACCGGCUCCAUUAGGCCGGGAGUGAUUGGUGGCUCCAAGCCAAGAAUUGCCACGCCCGAGAUCGAGAACCGGAUCGAGGACUACAAGCGCAGCAAUCCGGGCAUGUUCUCCUGGGAGAUCCGAGAGAAGCUCAUCCGCGAGGGUGUCUGCGACAGAAGCACUGCCCCCUCGGUCUCUGCUAUUUCACGCCUGGUGCGUGGCCGCGAUGCUCCACUGGACAACGAGUUGUCCUCCGCCUCGGGUUCGCCCAGCGGCGGCAUGGCCAAGGCCUCGACCAGCUCCUGCGGCUCGGACGUGUCCGGCGGCCAUCACAACAACAGCAAGCCCUCCGAUGAGGACAUCUCCGACUGCGAGAGCGAGCCAGGCAUUGCCCUGAAGCGCAAGCAACGCCGCUGCCGUACCACCUUCUCCGCCUCGCAACUGGACGAGCUGGAGCGCGCCUUCGAACGGACCCAGUAUCCAGAUAUCUAUACCAGGGAGGAGCUGGCACAGCGCACCAAUCUCACGGAAGCCCGCAUCCAGGUGUGGUUCAGCAACCGACGGGCUCGUCUCCGCAAACAGCACACCUCCGUAUCCGCCGUGCCUGCUGGCGUAGUCUCCUCCGUCAGCCAUGUGCCCACUGCUUCCUCCUUGCCGAGCGUGGUCUCUAGUGUGUCCAGCAUGGCCCCGCUGGCCAUGAUGCCGGGAUCCCUGGACCCCGCCACUGUCUACCAGCAGCAGUACGAUUUCUAUGGCAGCGCCGCCAACGUGACCAUUUCCGCUGCCACCGCAGCCCCCGCGGCCAGUAGCAAUCUCUCGCCAGGACUCACCUCCACGCCGCCACACCACCAUCAGUUCUACAACCCCAACGGCGCCGGAAGCACUGCCAACUACAUAAUGCCGGACGGAACCGGCCACACCACGCCCACGGAGAACAUCAUCGUGUCCAGCUACGAGACCCAGUUGGGAUCCGUCUACGGCACUGAAACCGAGACCCACCAGCCCCACAUGCCGCGCAACGAGAGCCCCAACGAGUCGGUGUCCUCCGGGUUUGGCCAGCUGCCGCCCACACCCAACAGCCUCUCGGCUGUGGGUGGUGGCGCGGGAGUGACCUCCAGUGGAGGCAGUUCCGGAGCCGAUCCCUCGCAAUCGCUGGCCAAUGCCAGUGCUGGAAGCGAGGAGUUGUCAUCCGCUCUGAAAGUGGAGACCGCUGAUCUCGUGGCGGCAGCCAGCCAAUCCCAGCUAUACGGUGGAUGGAGCUCGAUGCAGACGCUGCGCCCCAAUGCACCGCUCUCGCCGGAGGAUUCGCUGAACUCCACCAGCUCGACGAGUCAGGCUCUGGAGGUGGCCGGCCACCAGAUGUUCCACCCGUACCAGCACACGUCGCAGUAUGCUGCCUAUUCCUCGACGCCCGGGCAUGCCCACUCGCACCCACAUCACGGGCAUCCCCAUCACGGACACCCCCAUGCCCAUCCGCAUCCACAUGCGCAAUACGCCGGCGGUCACCCCCACUAUCCGCCGCAGAACUUCAUGCCGCAGAACUUCAAUGCCGCCGCCUUCUCGUCGCCCUCGAAGGUCAACUACACAACGAUGCCGCCACAGCCGUUCUAUCAUCACUCCUGGUACUGAGAGGGGAUCCUUCGUCUCCGUCUCCGCCUCCGCCUACUCCGCCAGGAGCAGGAAUAGGAGCAGGUGCCAGGUGCCAGGUGCCGGGUACCAGACACGCCGCCAAAGAUGUACAUAGCAGGAAGGGGAGACAGCAGGGCAGUACAGACGUUUUCCAUAUGGGAAAACCUCUAUCACACUCGCCCCCCAAAUAGUUCCAAUUCAUAGACCUAAGCCUAGCUAAUACCUAGUACCAACUAAGCCGUAGAAGCCCUAAGAUGCAUAGCCUAAGUAGCAAGUGCCUUGAAAAUAAAUAUAUCCAU